CUGCGAGAGGUCCAGUUAAUGACAUGAACAAGUCGUAAGUCGUGCCGAUGUAUGGCAAAAGGAGAGCCGAUCGGUCAGGCACAUGAGGGCACAUUACAAGCUGUCGGACCACAGGAUGAUGCAAUGCAACCUUUCAACAAAUGCUAGCAUACACUCACUCGGACAAAACGGUGACCGAGCAAUAGGCAUGCAGGCCUGCACGACAGACACGGACGCAUCAUGAUGAAGUGGGGAAGCUGUCCCCUGUUCGGCGGGCAGCCACCACAUCACAGGAGCUGGUUUGCAGUGGCUGCGGGCAGCUGCACCUCAAGACCUGACCGACACACAUACACCCAACAGACACCACACCAUCCUGUCCGCAUGUCGGCAAAUGAAUUGAAUUGGUGAGCUGUGCUGUGCUGCCUGGCCUGACUGAACUGACUGACCAUCGUGUUCGGCGGUGAGUUUGAGCUGGCAGCCUAACCGUGACCUGAACGAAUCCACACCACAACCAGGAGAAUAAGUGUGUGUGUGUGUGCUCGGGUGUCUGCAGCACGUAGCGUACGUGUCUUCGUCCAUGUCGAGUGCCAUGUCAAGCAUGUCCAGCUCGUUCUCGUCCGGCUGGGGGAACUUGUCAAACAUGUCCUUCUGCAUACCCCAUACCCCACCCAGCAACCAUACAUACCAACACACAACACACACAUGUACAGUACAGCGCCAUGCCAUGUGCAACGCAACGAGAGGGGCUCAGCUCACUCACUCACUCCGCCCGCCUGCCUGUCUGUCUGUCCUGUCCUUGUGUGUGUCGUGUCACACGAUACGCACGUUCUUGAUGUAGAUGUGGCACGUGGAGCAUGCACACUGCCCCCCGCAUGCGCCCUCGAUGUCCACGUCGUUGUCCUUGGCCACCUUGAGAAUCGUCAUGCCAGCCUGCAUACAGUACACCGCACACACCACCUAUCCCAUGCACACAGACCUCAACCCCCGCAUCGAUGAGUGUGCUCUCCCGCUCCGCUCACCCUGUACUCGCACUCCCAUUUCUUGCUGCCAUCGCUGCUGACAAACGUCAUCGAGUAGAGCCCCGCAACACCCGUGCUCGUCUUCUCCGUGCUGAAACGCCGCCUCCCCGGCAAAGCUCCCAUCCGCCUUGGCUGGCCGCAGAAGGGACCAUGGUCGCUGAGCAGACCCGCUGGCCGAGUGAGAUGCCGCACCAUCUGCCUGUUGCAUUGCAGAUCAGAGCAAACGAUUCUUCUCUUCGUUGUCGCCAAACAUCUUCGAAGCAUCCUUUCAAAGAGAAAAGAUCACUUCUUAUUCUCUCCAGCGUCCCUCCUCGCCUCGUCUGGGCAAUGUGCCGUGCCCUUUCUAAAGUCAGAUCUUUCCUGAGCAACGGUUUCCGAAAGCACCCUAAGCGCCCGACGGACUCGGAAUGUAAGAAAUGGAGAUUCUUGCUUCCGUCCUUGAAAAGUGCUGGAUUGUUGCUUCAUUGCCUGCGCAAUUGGUCAUCAAUUGAAGCUGUUUACCAAGAGACGCGCUACUGCAUGCCUCUCCUUUUCAUCUGAAUGCACCCAGUCAUCCAAUGCGCGCACGUGUGGCGAUCUCAUCGCUCAUUCCAUGUCUCAGCACGUGGCGGCCCCCCACUCAAAUCAACACGUAUACGAGUGAAUACACUGCCAGCAAAUAUAAAAUGUAGGCAGCAAUGAUACAUAAGGCACACUGUCUCUGCGGAUGGUCGGCGGCGAGCCCCUCCUGCGUCCCAUACACCAUUUUAUCCCACCUCCCACCGUGGCACCCCUCAUCCAGCCCCGGGUUAUGCGUCGGCAGCCGCUCCACCGGCAUGACGUUCCGGAUGCCGCCGCCGCAGGGGUGCUGCUUCGAGGAGUCGUCGAGGCUCUUGAAGUAGGUGCGGGGGUAAUAGUCAUCUUCCAGCCCCAUCAAGUCGUACUGCGGCGCGUCACGGUACUCGUAUGGCUGCAGCCCCCUCCUGAUGCCCUCCGCCGACCUAUAGCAGUCCUCCACACGGUACGAUGACAUAAGCAAUGUGGGAAACAGGAUCCCUUCACGCCGCUGCAGCCCGAGGGCCUGGUACACACGCUGGCAUGGCCGCUGCUACCUUCUAUGUGUCGCUCUUAGAGCUCCCUCAAGGAAAAAGGCGGUCGGCGCGGCACCGGGGGUUGGCAGUGGCGCGGGGGCCUCACACACAGCUGGCGGCGGCGAGAAGAGAAUUCUGACAGACAGACAGACAGACAGACGUCCAUCAACAUACAUACAUUAACAUAUUAUGUACUGGAUCGAUGGAUGGAUGCACGUGUGUGUGUGUGUGUGUACGUGUGUACCAUGACUCGCUGAAAAGCUGAGCCAGCGAUGGCCUCAUUGCCGGGUCUGGGUGACAGGCCCGGCCAAGAAACUCCUCUGCUUCUUUCGUUAUGGGGCGGCUGCCAUGCCAGAAGAGGAUCUCCUCCACAGCCCGCCUGACAUGACAUCCACAAGAUACGAUACAUGGUCAAAUGUGCAACGUUCAAGCGACGCGACGUGUGUUGGUGCGGUGCGUGUUCAUCAUACAUACGUACCCGAGUAUGUAGACCGUGGCCUUGUCGGCAUCGACGGUGGCCGUCCACCCCGUCAUGGCCUGCACAGGCAGACCAGACGGACAUCGGUGGUGCAGUGCACUGAAGUGUUCUGUGUGUGUGUGUGUGUGUGGGUGUGUGCGCGUGUGUGUACCUCUGGCGGCGUGAAGGCGUGAUGGGAGGUCUUGCGGGCGGCGGCGCUACUCACACGGCCCUGCACGCGUCAGCCAGGACGGGACGACAUGACAGAAAUAAAUGCAGCCACACACGCAAAUGAGUCCGUCCGUAUGCACCAACAAACAUCUGUCUGUCUGUCUGUCUGUCUGUGUCACCCACCUGGCUGAUGGGCACCAUAUUGCGGACGUCCGCGAACUUGAUGGUGCCGUCCUUGCUUAUGACAAAUUGGCUGAGACACACCACCCUGACACACAGAGCAGACAGACAUUUUGUAUGUAUGUAUGGGUGCAUUUAUUCAUUGAUUGAUGUCGGUCGGUCGGUUUGUCUACACGGCACGUCAGUUAAGUGCAUGUGUGAUGUAUGUGACUCACGGUUUGUAUUUGCCGAGGUCCAGGAGCUCCUUGUGUGCCACCAGGAGGUCCCUUGCCCACUUUGCCGCUUGCUGCUCAGUGAUGGAGGUCGUGCCGCCGCUCAGGCGCGUGGCGAGAGCGGGGCACUUGCGAUAGUGGUACGACUGAAUGAAUGGAUGGAUGCAUCACACACACACACACAUGCAGAAAAGUAGUGAAUGAGGCUUGCUCAUUCUGUCUGCCUCCCCUCCCUCCCUCCCUCCCUCCCACUUACGCAUCUGAGGGUCACAAAGGGCUUCCUGCCCUGCCGCCGCGCGGCGUCGAAAACACCGACCUCGUCCAUCAGCGACGGCAGCUCAUCUUCGCCGGUCUUGAAGAGCGUCUUUUGGGCCACGAGGGUGCUGCUGCUGCCCAUUCUAUCCCACCUCCCGCCGUGGCACCCCUCAUCCAUCCCCGGGCGCAGCCAGCUCAUCGAGUUAUGCGUCGGCAGCCGCUCCACCGGCAUGACGUUCCGGAUGCGCCGCUGCAGGGGUGCUGCUUCGAGGAGUCGUCGAGGCUCUUGAAGUAG